AUGGAACCAAGCAAGCAGCUCGUCAUGACAGACUCUGUCAUCCUCGACGCUCUGGUCGACGAGUUCACGUGUGCCAUCUGUCUUGAUGUUAUGGAUGAGCCUCGCACAGGUUGCCCAUGGGGACAUACUUUUUGCAAGAAGGUAUCUUUAACAACUCAUGAAGCGUCCCUUGUCCAGGAUGAGGGCUGGCUGACUCUUGACCUUCUGCAGUGUCUAGAGACCUUGACGCGUUAUCCGAUGUGUCAAUCCCCGUUCACUCGAGAGGCCAUCUAUUGCCCCACUUUAGGUAGUAGAGAGAAUACCUUGAGGGAUAUUGAACCUGCUAAGACUGAGGGCCCGCGACCCUCCAACUCACAAUGGCGCGUCGCAGCCCAGUUGCAGCUUGACCAGAGAAGAGAAUUUCUCAAAGCGGCGGGGAUUGAAAUACGUGGCUGAGCUCUUCAUGUUCCUUUUCUCAACCUUUGGGAACAUUAUCAUUGCCAUGCUUCUUCUUUCCAGUAACUUGGAAUUCGAACGAUAUCUCUCCUUCUGGGUGCUGC